UUCAUCCAGGGUUCUGACCUUUCUGUUAGUUAAGAUACACGUGAGAUACCCAGCCAUGUGUUGAUGCAUCCCUGCAACAGACCGGAGCCAUGUGGUUACAGUACAUGGUUAUUGUGUGUGGUAUCUUACCCUGGCUAGCCACAGGACAAGCUGACCCUCCAGAGCUGGUGGUGGUGCUGGCCGACCUGGGUAAGACGGGCCAGCUCGGCUUCAUCCACAAGAUCAACCUGCACAACUGGGACACUGGCGCCCUCAAUCUAGCCAACAUGCUGAGGCCCACGGCUAUAGAUAUCGACAGGACUCGCCACCAUAUAUACUGGACCGACGUCAGGAACUACCAAAUACGGCGAGCAGACAUCGACGGAGAGAAUGAUCAACUGGUGGCCACCUUAGACAAACCAUCAUCUCCUGAGGGGCUAGCACUGGACAGCUACACCAAGCAGGUGUUUUACACGGACGCUGGGGUCGAUGUCGUCGCCCGCAUCGAGAUGGACAGUUUCCAGAGGACAGUCAUAGUGAACACCAGCCUUGAUAAACCCAGAGGGAUUGUUGCCGACACCAAGAACAAGAAACUAUACUGGGUCGAUAACGGAAACGCGCCAAAGAUCGAGACAUCUGAUUACAAUGGAGCAGGCAGAGCAACUCUGGUUUCGUCUGGACUGGCACAACCCAAUGGUAUCACCAUAGACGUAAAGGGUAGUCGCCUGUGGUAAUCCCAGUCAGUUGUU